CGAACGUCACGGACCGGGGGGGUAGGGAGGUGGAUAGAGAGAAAGAAUAGGCCGGAGCGGGACGGUAGAGGCAAUCCGCAUUCAUCCGCUGCCUCAGCUCCCGCAAAUAGUGGUAGGCACUGCACAGCUACCAUCAUGAGUGGGGGUACUCCUUACAUCGGCAGUAAAAUCAGCCUGAUCUCCAAGGCAGAGAUCCGAUAUGAGGGGAUUUUGUACACCAUCGACACCGAGAACUCCACCGUCGCUUUAGCCAAAGUUCGUUCUUUUGGGACAGAGGAUAGGCCUACAGAUAGACCAAUACCACCUCGUGAUGAAGUGUUUGAGUACAUCAUCUUCCGGGGCAGUGAUAUCAAAGAUCUCACAGUGUGUGAGCCACCAAAACCUCAGUGUUCUCUGCCUCAGGAUCCUGCUAUUGUUCAGUCUUCACUUGGCUCCUCCUCAAGCUCUUCUUUCCAAUCUGUGGGUUCCUAUCCACCAUUCAGCAGAAUGCCAGCGUAUAGCCAGUUUGGGCCAAGCCCGCUAGUGACGCAGCAGUACAAUGCGGUUGGUGUUGGAGGUCCCUCGUCAUCUUUCAACAGCAACAAAACCAGCUUCGCAUCACUCACACAGACCAGCUCACUGGCUUCGACCGCCAAACCCGAUACAGGUUCACUGAAAUUGCAGUUAGCUUUUCAGGGCCGAUCAAGCCCAAAACUGGAUUCAAUGAGGAAAAGUCCAACAAUGGAACAAGCAGUGCAGACAAAUACUUCUCAGGCCCCCGUGGGCAGGAGGAGUCCUGUGUUAGCCAGACCUCUGCCGUCAGUUCACCAUCACAAACCAACAGAUUCCCAUGAUGCAAGAAAAAUUUUUGAAUCUCAAAAAGGCCUACGGCCAGAAAAUGAUCACUUUAAGAGUGAAAAUCGGGAACCAAACAGGAGGCCAUCAGGGGGUCAGGCUGUCAGGCGAGGGCGUGGUGGGAGCCGAGGAAGGGGAAGAUUCACCGUAAGAAGAGACGGCCCAAUGAAGUUCGAAAAAGACUUCGACUUUGAGAGUGCAAAUGCACAGUUUAACAAAGAGGAGAUUGAUAGGGAGUUCCAGAAUAAGCUGAAACUGAAAGAUGAUAAACAACCUGACAAAACAGAGAAGGCUCUAAAUGGUGAAGAUAAAGGUGACUCAGGGAUUGAAACGCAAAACAGUGAAGGAAAUGCUGAUGAAGAUGAAACUUUAGGACCGAAAUGUUAUUACGACAAAACCAAAUCUUUUUUUGACAACAUUUCCUGUGAUAAUGAAACCAGCUAUUUCUCUUCCAGAGAUCGGAGACCGACAUGGGCUGAGGAGAGGCGGAUAAAUGCAGAAACAUUUGGAAUACCACUGCGCCCAAUGCGUGGCCGGGGAGGCUUCAGAGGACGAGGAGGUUAUGGAUAUCGGGGAGGGCGGGGCCGUGGAGGAAGAGGGAAUUAUGGUCCUCCCCGUGGUGGUUAUCGUGGAGGUUUCAGAGGAGGGCGUGGAGGAGGCAGAGAGUUCUCAGACUUUGAAUACAGGAAGGAUAAUAAAGUUGCUGCAUAGUAUGCAAACUGGAUUUCCCUGAAAAAGGACUUUAGAUCUACACAGUCCAGAGAAUUUGUUUAGUUUCAAACUUAUUUUUGACAGCAAAAGUGAAGAAAUUAAUUUGCUGUACAUCUGUCACCAGCACUGGUAUUUACGUGCUUGACAUCAAAAGGGAGAACAUGCAAUAUCUUAUUGUGCAGAAGGUUCGUCUUUACAAUGUUGAGCAUUAAAUAUUCGUCUUUGAAAUAGCAGAAGGAAAUUUCUAAAUGUAUAGAUACGACUAGUAUGUUGGAGCUUUCCAGUAUUUUUGCAUUGAUAACGAGAGUGAUUUCUUAUUACUGAAAAUGUUUGAUAAAAAUGCUGUCAGUUGCAAGAAAUACUGUAUGCAGCUGGCCAUCUACUGUGAUUGCAGUCUGACUGAUACUUUACAGGAAACUACAUUGAAAGCUACUCAAAUUUAUUUUUUCCAUGGAAUGAUAAAAUUUAGCUUUAAUCUGCGUAGGACAAAACAUAAUACUUAAUGCGCGCUGGACAUUUUUUAUGGAGAAAAAGUAAAAUCAGAACAUCUUUCAUGACGCAAGACCCCGGAGAUGACUCUCCUGAGUUUAAAAAAAACUUUCUGGUGUCUGUCAACUGUUCUUUGUUCUUUGUUUUAUGAAACAAAUUUUUCAUUUCGAACAAAAAAGUUAAAUUUGUAGCUUUUUUUUAAAUUGAGUAAAUUUAGCUCAGAGAUACAAAGCAAAAAGGGAUCCAAAGAGGAAGAAUUUUUCAAUUUAUAUAGCCAUGUGAAACUGAUUUUGAACUUCACUAUUGACGUGUAAUAUAUAGUGUAUAGUUAGUACCCUCAUAAGGUCUUACCCAUAAAAAGGUGCUUGAUCAUAUGAGAUUAGUUUUCCGUCACUGUCAUUUUUCAUUUUCCGUCUGGUUCCUUGCUAUGCUUAUCACAUAAUAAUAGAGUAACUAUACACUAAAUAUUAUUAAAAACUAAGUAGUGUCAGUGAGUUUGAGGAUGUAAUUCAAUCACUUAGGUCUUUGCUCUUGGUUUUCAUGAUAUUCAAAUUGCUUGACUUGAAUUACACUCCUGGUACUAGCUGUGGAUCUGAUCUAUUUAUUUGAAAUUACAGACUUUGGAAGGGGUGGGGGAGGGGAAUGGCACAUUUGGAUACUUGGCUUGAACCCCAGGUAAUCUCGCGCUGCCUCUCUCUCUCUGUCUCCCUCUCUCUCUCUGUCUCCCUCUCUCUCUCUGUCUCCCUCUCUCUCUCUGUCUCCCUCUCUCUCUCUCUCUCUCUGUCUCUCUCUCUCUCUCUCUCUCUCUCUCUCUGUCUCUCUCUCUGUCUCUCUGUCUCUGUCUGUGUCUCUGUCUCUCUGUCUCUGUCUGUGUCUCUGUCUCUGUCUGU